UAAUGGACGAUUUUAAUGAUUUAUUCCCUGUCAAUGAUUUAUAAAGUAGUUGGAAGAAGAAGAAUCAAAAAGGAGUAUCUAUCAAAUAAGGCAAAUUUACAGAAGAAGAAAUUGAAAAAGUAAAAGAAAGUUUGAUUUCUUAUGCAUUAUCAUAAAAUUUAACUGAAGAAUAAUUUGCUGAUCUAUUUAGCAAUUCUCAAAAAACAACUAUGCCAAAAGCAUGGUUAUAGAUUGCUAAAGUACUUCCAGAGAGAUCCGUUGAUAGUGUCUAUAAAUUCAUUAAAGCUAGAUUCAAUCCAGACAAUUACUAAGGACAUUGGACUAAAGAGGAAGAAUAGCAUUUACUUUAAUUGAUUAAUUAAUUUGGUCGGAACUAUACUUAAAUAAGCAAAAUUCUAAAUAGAACACCCUAAAAUAUUAGGGAUAAAUAUAGAUAAUUGGGAGAUCAUAAUCAUGAACUUAGAGAACUAGUUUGGACUUUAGGAGAGGCAGUUCAUUUAUUAAGAUUAAUUUCAAAGAAAGUAUUAAAUUAAUUAAUAAAUUAUAGAAUAAUGCAAAUUUUAUUAAAGAUGAUUGGUUAGACACCUUAAUAUAAAAUUUUGGAGAAGAUUGGUAAGAUGUAAUACUAACAAUUCAUUCAUGUAUAUAUAUUAUUAUUAAAUUAGAAAAAAGAAGAUUUCGUAAAGGUACUUAUUAUGAAAUAUAAUAAGAGGAUACUUAAACUUAAUAAUUACUUUAAAUAAUUGAUUUGAAAAAACUUUAUUCAACAUCUCAUAAAGAUAUCCCUUGGACAAAAAUUGCUACUAAAAUUAAAACAAAAAGUCAUGAUGAUCUUAGAAAUUUUUGGAUGUAAUCUUUAAAUUAAUGGUAAUUAUAAGUCAAACUCAAAAUCGAUGAUUAAUAAUUAUUUAAUGAUAUUAUACUUUAAGAUCCUUAAGAGGAAUAAGAUAUUGAUUUUAAUUUAGUUUUAAAGCAUUUUAAUCUAACAAAAAAUGAAAAAAAAAAUGCUUGGGAAACUUUAAAAAAAAGAGUUUAAGUAAGAGAUUAACUUGAAUUUGAAGAACUUUUAACAAAAAUUAGAUAAUUAUUAAGUAAAUCAAAAAAAGAAUAAAAAUAAAAUAAAAUUGAAUAGAAAAAUCUAAAUGCAACUUCAUUUAAUAAAUUAGUAGAUGAAUUUAAGGCCUUAAAAGAGGUAUAUUGAUUAAGAAAAAUUAUUUGAAUUUAUAUUCAUUAUAAAUAAUAUAAAUUUAUAUGAUAUAUUGAGAAAACACAAAAUAAGUCAAUAAGUUCAUAGAGCACUUUAAAAACAAUAACUUAGAAUAAGGUCUUCUUAGAGAUGUGUUUAUAAAUAUACUUUAUUACCAAUAAAUAAUUUUAUUUUUUUAUAUAUACGAGAAAAUUAUUACAUAUUUGUAUUUAUCAACUUUUGCUUUUUCAUAUAUUUUCUUAUUUAGUAAUGUAUAUAUCUUCUAAAAGUAUAUAUUUUUAUUACGAAUCAUCAGAAUUUUCAACAAAAAAAAAGUUAAAUAAAAAAUAGUAUUUAAUACAACUGAAAUUACUUUUUACAAUCAUUUACCUCACAACAUAAUUUAAAAAUGGAGAAGAUUGUAUUAAAAUCUAGGAGAUGAAUACUAGACUUUAACCUAUUAAUAUCGAUUAAUACUUUUAAAAAUGGAAAAUUUUAUUAUCAUUUUAGUACAAUAAUAUACCUAAAGUUAAAGAUAGGCUAUAGUGACUAAAAAUAAGAAAUCAGAUCUCUUUUUUGAUAUUUAGAUUUUGAUCAGUUAAAUAAAUUGUGAUUUUUAAAGGCAAAGAAACGCAAAUAAAUUCAUUAAUUAAUUUUACAAAACCAAACAUACUCAAUGUAUAACUGCCCAUUUCCCUAUUCAUAGGUGUAUUACUAUUAUCCAAUGCAAACUUAUACACCAUAUAUCAUCUAUCCUUAAUAAAUAUUAGUUCAAACUUAAGUUUAGUCCAAUUAAUAAGAAGAAUCAAAUUAGAAUUGUAUUAAGAAUGUUACAAAACAACAUUUAGAAGAAACUAAACCUCCUGAGAAUUAAGAUAAUUAAGAUUUUGAUAUGUUAGAUGAACAUUCAGAUGGAAAUGAUGAAGAUUAUAGUGCAAAAGGAUUAAAUGAUAAUCAAGAAAAAAGUUAUGCUGUUAAUUAAUUGAAUGGUUCAACAAAUAUCUAGAAAAAUUAUGCAAAAGCAGUCAUCUUAUACAUUAAAUAACAAAAUGCAAUUGUAGUUUCUCAAUUAGGGGAUAAAAAAGCCCUUAAGUUCUAUCGAUUAGUAAAGAAAAUGUAAAAUAAUAUAAGAAAUUUAUCACAUAUAAGCAAAUAUACUCGAGAUGAAGAUUUCAUUAAGAUAUUUAGAAUUUUAUGGUAUAUAUAUAUAAAUAUUAGUUAGUAAUAAGUUUUUAAGAAAAGAUUGCAUCAGUUAUAUUUACAAUUCAAAAAUUUAAUAGAAGACUAGCCAUUUGAAAGGCAAACAUAUUAUUAAAAAAAACCUUUUUAAAAUCUGA